AUGGCUGCUGGCGGCGUGAAGGUGAACGGCGGCGGCGGCGGGGAUGCGCCUUCCUCCUCCAUCAGCUGCACGCUGCCCACCAUCUCCUCCAACAAGCUGCCGGACCUGCGCUUCAUCAGCCGGGGCACCUACGGCACCGUGUCUUCGGCGCGCCACGCGGACUGGAGGAUCCCCGUGGCUGUCAAGUGCCUGCAGGGGCCGCGCCUCGAGAGUGACCGAAAGAGCCUCUUAAAAGAAGCUGAAAUUUUACACCAAGCAAGAUUCAGCUACAUUCUCCCAAUCCUGGGAAUUUGCAAUGAGCCUGAAUUUCUGGGAAUAGUGACAGAAUACAUGCCAAAUGGGUCAUUAAACCAACUUUUAUAUGGAAAAAAUAUAUAUCCUGAUAUUGCUUGGUCCCUGAGGUUUCGCAUUCUCUAUGAAAUAGCGUUGGGAGUAAACUAUCUUCAUACCAUGAGUCCUCCCCUUUUGCACCAUGAUUUGAAGACACAGAACAUUUUACUCGACAGUGAGUUUCACGUUAAGAUUGCAGAUUUUGGUUUGUCAAAAUGGCGCACAGUGUCCAUUUCACAGUCACGUGGAGAAAAAACUAUGUUUGAGGGAGGGACUAUUAUGUACAUGCCUCCCGAAGAUUAUAAUCCUAAUCAAAAAACACGUUCCAGUGUAAAGCAUGAUGCAUACAGUUUUGCCAUUAUUAUGUGGGAAGUGAUGACAAGAAAACAGCCAUUUGAAGAUGUUAUAAACCCCUUGCAGAUUAUGUAUACCGUGAUGCAAGGAAACCGUCCAGACACUAGCGAAGGAUAUCUACCCCUUGACAUUCCUCAUCGAGGACUGAUGAAGUCAUUAAUGGAAAGUGGCUGGGCACAAAAUCCAGAUGAAAGGCCUUCUUUUUCAAAAUGCUUAAUAGAGCUUGAACCGGUGCUGAGAACGUUUGAUGAGAUACCUAUGCUUCAAGCAGUGCUACAGUUAAAGAGGGCCAAAGCACAAUAUGAGUGGCGGUGCGUUCACUUACUGAGCAACACGUCCAAUGACGAGUCGAUAUCUCUUAACAUCCCAGUAAAUGCUAGUUCACAACAGGAAGCAUGUGAUUCUCUAUCCCAAAAUGAUGGGCGUCCUCUACUAAGCUUUCCUCCAGAAAUGUCAGAACUUCGCCCUACAUCACAGUACAAUAUUCUCUCAGAAGGUAGUCGUGAUCCUUCUGGUGGGCUGAGCUCACCGGAUACAACGAAGAAAAAUAACUCGCUUUCCCAGAGUACUCAUUCUUAUGCAUCUCAACUAAGUUCCUCCUCAUCAGCCAGUUCUAAUUCUUCAAAUUCCUCAUUGCAAUUGCUGCAGGUAUCAGUUAAUUCAGAUCUUAUAUUGAGGACUGUGCGCCAUGGAAUUACUCAUCAGUGGAUCCAAAGUAAAAGAGAGGAAAUUGUCGACCAGAUGACUGAAGCUUGUCUUAACCAGUGUCUGGAUGCUCUCUUAUCAAGGGAUUUAAUACUGAAAGAGGAUUAUGAACUUAUCAGCACCAAACCUACAAGGACAUCAAGAGUCAGGCAACUGCUUGAUAAUACAGAUAGCCAAGGAGAGGAAGUUGCUAAAAUUAUAGUGCAAAAACUGAAAGACAACAAGCAGAUGGGACUUCAGCCUUACCCAAAUAUAUCUACUGUGAAUAAGCCGACAUCUCUGAAUUUAUAGAAGUUGGAGUA